AAAGAAAUACGAAGAAGGGGGAAGGAACAUGUAAGAGGGAAAACCGAGGUUUCACUGCGUGGCGCGCCGUUGUUUUUUGUGUGUGAAAACACAAACUCACCCUCCCCAAUCCAAUUCCAAUUAUGGAGGGAGUGAGAUUGAGAGGGGACAUGACAUUAGUAUAACACAGCAACACCGUUUUCCCUUUCCCCAAUCCCUAUUCCAAUUCGGGACUCGGAAUUAUCAACAAGAGUCAACAAUUUUGAUACUUCCCCUUUCACCAUUGCUUCUUUUUUCAUUCCCUUAACCUUUUUCGUCUCUCUCAGGUACGUAUUUUUAUUUUCUUUCACCACUUCUUUUCGACCAAAUCUUGAUCUUCAUUCCAAACCCUAGUUCUUUUCAUGAAUUUGGGAUCUUUUUCUUUUCUCAUCGUCCUGGGUGUUCAAUUUCAAUCUGCAGAGGGGAUCUCUGAGCUGCUGAGAUUGAUUGGUAGUUGGUGAUUGGGCAUUCACCUCAAUUUGUUCAGAAGACUCUCAUUCCGAGGGUUUUAUGGUCUCUGUAAAUUCCGAGGAGUAAAAUUAGGAUCUUGAUUAGGGUCUCUAUGUUUUCUUGGUAGUAUUGGUUUUUUUUACACUUCCCACGAUCAUCAAUUGUGUACAUUUUGUAAAGUUUACUUCUUGAUAUUGGGGUCGUGAGUGUUUUUGUGUUUGUGAUUUCCUUGAUUCUCAAUGGCUAACCCAACACAACCUAAUGUUGGGUUCACCCCUUCAACCCCAGACAGAGAGAGUUCACACCCUGAGAAGAGUCCAAUUCUGCCUCCUCCAAGUUUUGUAACCCCACCUGGAUUUCCUCCACCAAAAUUACAUUUACAACAAGAUCAAGCUUCUUCACGCUCCAUUAAGAACCCAAACGCUUUAUCACCAGCCAAUGGGGUUGCAACUGGCAAUUCUGUUCCUCACCUGAGCAUCCCUCCUGGGCCCCCGGUCUUUACAUCGCCUGUACGUCCGGCGGCUGUUCCUUUUCGCACGUCACCUGCGUCGCCUCAGCCACUUGCAUUUUCUUCAGGCUCUUCUUUGCCAACUUCAUCAUCGCCACCACAGUUUUCAAAUGGAUCAUUUGAUUUGCAGCAACAGGUUUCUGAUAGUAUAGAGGACCAUGUUCCUGGUGGGGAGUCAUCCAUUGUUCUUUUUUCAGCUCAUAAGGUAUUGAAACAGAAGAAGCAAGCUAAUGUACCCAGUUUGGGUUUUGGGGCAUUGGUUUCUCCUGGGAGGAAUGUCUCAACAGGCCCUCAGGUAAUACAGCGUGAUCCUCAUCGCUGCCAAAACUGUGGGGCUUAUGCAAAUAUAUAUUGCAACAUUUUGCUUGGAUCAGGCCAGUGGCAGUGUGUUAUAUGUCGGAAACUGAAUGGAAGUGAAGCUGAGUACAUUGCACAUAGCAAGGAAGAUCUUCGCAGAUUUUCAGAAUUAUCAUCACCCACGUUUGACUAUGUUCAAACUGGGAACAAGAGACCUGGUUUUGUUCCUGUUUCAGAUUCCAGAAUGUCUGCCCCAAUUGUUCUUGUUAUAGAUGAAUGUUUAGACGAGCCUCAUUUACAACAUUUACAGAGCUCUUUGCAUGCUUUUGUCGAUUCUCUCCCACCAACAACAAGGUUAGGAAUUGUACUAUAUGGUCGUACUGUAUCGGUCUAUGAUCUUUCAGAAGAGUCAAUUGCAUCUGCUGAUGUGCUUCCUGGGGACAAAUCACCAAGUCAAGAAUCUUUGAAAGCAUUGAUUUAUGGUACUGGCAUAUACUUGUCACCAAUGCAUACUUCGCUGACUGUUGCACAUUCCAUAUUUUCAUCAUUGAGUUCAUACAAGUUGAAAAUACCAGAAGCUUCCAGAGAUCGGUGCCUAGGAACUGCUGUUGAGGUUGCUCUUGCUAUAAUUCAGGGCCCAUCCGCUGAUCUGUCCCGAGGGGUAGUCAAAAGGUCAGGGGGCAAUAGUAGAAUUAUUGUCUGUGCUGGUGGACCGAACACUUAUGGGCCUGGAUCUGUUCCUCAUUCUUUUAAUCACCCUAAUUAUCCUUACAUGGAAAAAACAGCAAUUAAAUGGAUGGAGAAUCUUGGUCGUGAGGCUCAUCGACACAGUACUAUAAUUGAUAUUUUAUGUGCUGGGACAUGCCCUGUAAGAGUUCCUGUCUUACAUCCUCUUGCAAAAGCAUCAGGUGGUGUUUUGGUUCUCCAUGAUGAUUUUGGGGAAGCCUUUGGUGUUAAUUUGCAAAGAGCAUCUGCCAGAUCAGCAGGCUCUCAUGGUUUGUUAGAAUUGCGCAUGUCAGAUGAUAUUCUCAUUACCCAAGUUGUGGGUCCUGGGGAAGAGUCACAUGUAGAUACCCACGAAACAUUUAAAAACGAUGCUGCUCUUUAUAUUCAAAUGCUGAGUGUUGAAGAAACACAAAGUUUCUCUCUCUCAAUGGAAACUAAAGGAGAUAUCAAAAGUGAUUUUGUCUUUUUCCAGUUUGCAAUUCAGUAUUCAAAUGUGUAUCAAGCUGAUGUGUCGAGGGUCAUUACUGUUAGACUGCCAACGGUGGAUAGCAUAUCUGGAUAUCUUGAGAGUGUUCAGGAUGAAGUGGCUGCUGUCCUCAUUGCAAAAAGAACUCUGUUACGAGCCAAAAAUCAUUCUGAUGCAAUUGAUAUGCAAGCAACAAUAGAGGAAAGAAUCAAGGAUAUUGCUCUAAAAUUUGGCUCCCAGUUACCUAAAUCAAAACUUCAUUGCUUCCCAAAGGAGCUUUCUCUCCUACCGGAGCUCCUUUUCCAUCUCCGGAGAGGACCACUAUUGGGAAGCAUUAUUGGCCAUGAAGAUGAGAGGUCUGUGCUGAGGAAUCUGUUUCUGAAUGCAUCCUUUGAUCUAUCACUCAGAAUGGUGGCUCCUCGUUGUCUAAUGCACAGGGAGGGGGGAACUUUUGAGGAACUGCCGGCCUAUGAUCUGGCGAUGCAGUCUGAUGCUGCUGUUGUGCUUGACCAUGGCACUGAUGUGUUCAUUUGGCUGGGUGCUGAACUUGCAGCUGACGAGGGACGAAGUGCUUCUGCUCUAGCUGCAUGCAGGACAUUGGCUGAAGAGUUGACCGAGUACCGUUUUCCAGCUCCUCGUAUCCUUGCAUUCAAGGAGGGUAGCUCCCAGGCUCGAUAUUUUGUGUCUCGUCUCAUUCCAGCUCACAAGGAUCCACCUUAUGAGCAGGAGGCAAGAUUCCCGCAACUUAGAACGUUGACAUCAGAACAACGGACGAAACUGAAAAGCAGUUUUGUUCACUUCGAUGAUCCCAGUUUCUGCGAAUGGAUGCGAAGUUUGAAAGUGGUGCCACCCCAACCAAGCUGAUGACCAGUCUGCUUUAGGUGAUUUGGUGGGUUUGAUUUAUGAGACUUAAAAAGAAAGGGUGUUGAGUGCUGCAUCUUUCAUCCAAGUUUGUUUGCAUGAUUUCUGGAGAAUACAAUGAGAACUUGCUGAUGCCCCCAAGACUCUUGCUUCAGUGCUGCUUCCCAUUCAUUUUUGUUCACUUCCGAGAAACGUCUGAAAAGUUUCGAGCUUCAAUUUUAUUUUUUUAGUGGGGGUGGGGUUGAUUGUGACAAAGAAAAUUUUCACAUUUUUCGUUUCAGAUGUUACCAUAGAGCAAUAAAAGGAGUUCUCUUUAUUUAUAUAUUUAGCACAUAAUGCUUGUCAAUGGUUUUCUUUAAUCUCUUUUUUUUUUGGGUAGGUGUUUCUUUAAUCUCUUAGAAUGUGUUUAGGAAAUUGUUUUGAUUUAUAAACGACUUUUUUUUUAUUCAAAUUUAUAAAAUAAAUAUGGGGUUGCUUAUUGCGUGCCCAAGAAUAUAUGACAUGAAGUAAAGAUACAAAUAUUU